AUGGACUCGACACACCGCCCGAAGCUCAAGACUGCAUUCAAAAAGGCGCGCGUAGUCGCGCCGCUGCACACCGCGGGCCCAGUAGCCGUAACGCCGGACGGCUCGAGGCUGGUCACCUGCGUCGGUGAGGAUGCCCUCUUGACAGAUGUAAAGGCAGGGGUGGAGAUAUGUCGGUUUGCAGGGGACACAGAAUCCAUCACCUCCCUGUGCAUAACGCCCUCGGCCUCACAUCUCCUGCUGUUCACCUCCUCUCUGUCCCUCCGCGUAUAUGAAAUCCCCACAUCCUCGGUACCUCUUACAAAGCUCGUCAAACCUGUGCGCGUAGUCGCCCGCGCGCACGACGCGCCAGUGCACGUAUGCAAAGCCGAUCCUACCUCCACCUACCUCGCGUCCGGCUCCGCAGAUGGAGUGGUAAAGGUAUGGGACAUCCUGCGCGGGUAUGUCACCCAUCUCUUCAAGGGUCACGGAGGCGUCGUCAGCGCGCUCGCCUUCAACUACCCCUUCGACCCCUCGUCGGUCAUCCGGGAGCAGAAGAUGCAGCUCAUUACCGCCUCCGUCGACACGCGCAUCCGCAUCUUUGAUCUGUCAGCUGCGGCGGCCCGUGCCAGUGGCGGAUCGAAGCCCGAAGCCGUCCUGGAGGGGCAUGUAUCAGUACCACGCGGCCUCGACGUCAGCGCGGACGGGAAGUGGCUUGUUAGCGGCGGCAGAGACUCUGUCGUGCUCGUCUGGGACAUAUCUUCCAAGGCCGGCCCUGCCAAGAAGAGUAGCAAGGGGAAGGGGAAGGAAACAGAGUUCGCGCCAGUGCUGCACAAGACCAUCCCGGUUCUUGAGCGCGUCGAGGCCGUGGGUCUGUUACAUCCCGACGAGGACCUCGCCGGCGCUCCAUCUGGUCCUGGGAAGCUCCGGUUCUACACCGGCGGAGAGAAGGGGUUAGUGAGAAUUUGGGAUGCGCGAGAAGGCAACGUGCUUUUUACGCUCAGGCAAGAACAAGGCGAAGCAGCAGAAGACCAAGAGGAACAGCGACAAAUUGUUGAUGCGAUUUACGUGCCUGCGACGUCCACAGUCGUAUCUGUGCAUGCCGACCAAAACAUCCUCUUCCACUCCCUCUCGACGCAGACGCUCAGCCGGCAGCUCAUCGGGUUUAACGAUGAGAUCAUCGACGCGACGUUCUUGUCGCCCAAUCUUCCCCUGCAAGCGUCAACACCCUCUGCCCUCUCCGACACCCACGUAGCGCUCGCGACGAAUUCGUCGCUUAUUCGCGUAUACUCAACGUCCUCCCUAGACGCGCGCCUCAUCGCAGGCCAUUCCGAAAUCGUGCUCUGCCUCGACAGCGGGGCACAGGGCCGCGUGCUCGCGAGCGGCAGCAAAGACCGCUCCGCGCGGAUAUGGGCCCCCGUCCCCGCGCGCGCGGACGCGGAGAGCCCAGCGGUCCCGGAGUGGCGUUGCAUUGCCAUCUGCGAGGGUCACGCCGAGAGUGUGGGGGCCGUCGCAUUGUCGCGCAAGGCCUUCGCGGGCGACGCCGCUCCGUCUGGAUCGGCUUCGGCUUCGGGGAGCGAUGGGUUGCGUUUCAUGUUUACCGGGAGCCAGGACCGGACGAUCAAGAUGUGGGACCUAUCGCCAGUGUCGCUCACAGGGCCCGCGGACGACGCGGACGAGGACGCAGACGCAGACGCGCGUGUGGUGAAGUGCAAGAGCCUCACGACGCACAAGGCGCACGAGAAGGACAUCAACGCGCUCGACGUCGCGCCGAACGACCGGCUGCUCGUGUCAGGCUCGCAGGACCGCACCGCGAAGGUGUGGGAGAUCGAGUACGCGGCGACGGGCGCGGGCGUGCGCGGGGAGCUGCGCCUGCUCGGGACGUGCAAGGGCCACAAGCGCGGGGUGUGGUGCGUGCGCUUCGGGCGCACCGAGCGCGUCCUCGCGACGGGCAGCGGGGACAAGACGGUGAAGCUGUGGAGCCUGGAGGACUUCACAUGCGUGAAGACGUUCGAGGGGCACACGAACUCGGUGCUGCGUGUCGACUUUUUGAAUGCGGGUAUGCAGUUGGUGAGCAGCGCGAGCGAUGGGCUUGUGAAGUUGUGGAAUGUCCGCACUGAGGAGUGCACUGCGACUAUGGACAACCACGAGGACAAGGUAUGGGCACUCGCCGUCAGCAGCGACGAGUCCACGAUCGUCUCCGGCGCCGCAGACUCCGUCGUCACCUUCUGGCAAGACUGCACAGAGGAGCAGCAAGUCGAAAAAGAAACAGCACGCGCCACCCUCGUCGAGAAGGAACAAGACCUCCAGAACUACCUCGCCCUGCACGACUACCGCAACGCGAUCCUCCUCGCGCUCAGCAUGUCCCAGCCCGGGCGCCUCCACAAGCUCUUCGCCGCGCUCACCGCCGCCUCCCCCGCCGACGACCUCCCGCGCGCGCCCUCGUUCACGGGCCACCCCGCGGUCGACGAGGUGCUGCGGACCCUGCCGGGCACGGACCUCGCGCGCCUCCUGCGCUACGUGCGCGACUGGAACGCGCGCGCGAAGACGAGCGUGGUUGCGCAGCGCGUGCUGCACGCGGUCGUGAAGCUGCGCGCGGCGGAGGAUAUUGCGCGUGCGUUUGACGAUGAGGCGGCGUUUACUGCCGCGACUGCUGCGCCCGCGAACGACGAGGAAGACGACGGCUUUGCGAAGAACGGCACGGCGGAGGCCGUCCCGCUCGAAGGGCGCGGGACGACGUCGUUGAAGGAGCUCAUCGACGCGCUGAUCCCGUACACGGAGCGGCACCUCACGAGGAUGGAGAAGCUCCUUCAGGACAGCUAUGUCGUCGAGCACCUGCUUUCCGAAAUGGACGAUGGCCUGUUCGGCGAGCUGGGUGACGACGACGACGGCGACGAGCCCAUGGCCAUGGAUAUCGACAGAGCGAUAGGGGUCGCUGCGUGAUAUAACUUACGCCGUAUAAAAGUAUCUUAUAUCAACUGCUGUACUGUUUUAGUGCUUAACACCUAGC